CAGCCGCGCGCGGAGGGCGCCGGCGGCGCGAGGCGGCCGCCCGGGGCGGCAGACGUCGCGGCAGCACCGCAGCUGCAGGCAGCCUCGCGUUCUGGGGGCGCCGGCUGCGGCGGCGCAGGCAGCAGCGACGAGGAGGAGGAGCAGGCAACUCGGGAGGGAUAUGCUCUGCGCGGCCCUGGCCAGCUUGGGCCGCGCGGGGGCGCAUGCUUCAGGGAGGGGCUGGGCAGCGUGUUGCAGCUGGCGAUCCCCGAGAUGCGGGCGCUCGAGAGGGCCGCACAGCGGCGCAGCAGCCCCGGCGGUGGGGAGGGAGGCGCGUGA